ACCUAGGGAUGUUUAUAGUACUAGUCUUGUUGGUUGCAUUCCUGGCUUGGGCAUGGCAAGCCAUCCGCCCUCCGCCUCCCAAAAUCUGCGGCAGCCCCGGCGGCCCACCUGUAACAGCACCUAGAAUAAAGCUCAGGGAUGGAAGGCAUUUGGCCUACAGGGAGCAUGGAGUGUCAAAAGAAGUGGCAAGAUAUAAGAUUAUUUAUAUUCAUGGGCUCAGAACUUGUAGACAUGAUCUAGUGGUUGCAGUAAACAUCUCUCAAGCAUUUUUUGAAGAACUUGGACUCUACGUUUUGUCCUAUGACAGACCAGGCUAUGGAGAAAGUGAUCCACAUCCGAAACAAACAGUGAAAAGUUUGGCUUUAGACAUAGAAGAGCUUGCUGAUCAGCUGGACUUCGGAUCCAAAUUUUAUAUAAUGGGUAAUUCUAUUGGUGGCCAGCUUGUUUGGGGCUGCCUCAAGUAUAUUCCUCAUAGGCUUGCAGGAGCAGCACUACUGGCUCCUGUGGUGAACUAUUGGUGGGGAGGAUUUCCUGCGAAGAUGUUAAGAGAGGCCUAUUACAGAGAGCUGCCUCAAGACCUGUGGGCGAAUCGAGUGGCUCACUAUAUCCCAUGGCUAACCUAUUGGUGGAACACCCAGAAGUGGUUUCCUGCAUCAACCGCUGUGGUCGGUAACAUUAAUACAUUAUCUCCUCAGGAUUUUCAAAUAAUCUCCAAGAUUGUUGGGACAAACAUGUCUAAGACACAAUUUUUCAUGCAGACGCAGGCAACGCAGCAAGGAGUAUUUGAGUCGAUGCAUCGUGCACUGAUGAUUGGAGUUGGCAAAUGGGAAUUUGGUCCAAUGGAUAUUGAGAACCCUUUUCCAAAUAAUGAAGGCUCAGUUCAUGUGUGGCAGGGUGAUGAAGAUAGGAUAAUGCCAGUUACUCUGCAACGCUAUAUUGCCAACAAACUUCCAUGGAUUCAAUACCAUGAGGUACCAGGUGCUGGUCAUCUCUUUCCAAUUGGUGCUGGAAUGAGUGAAGUCAUCAUAAGGGCACUUGUGUCUGGGGACAAGUAGCCCACUUUUGAUUGUAUUGGGUAAAUAAAAAAGAGCACCAUAU